CCUCAGAGCCCUACAUCCCUACUGGCACCCACUACCUCCAUGCAUCCCCAGAAAAGCAUGGGUGUAUGAACCAUACGGGGCCUGGGUAGCAAUUUUGCAGUGUUUCCAGACAGGUGAUUUCAGCCCCCUGGCUCUGAGCAGGAACGGGUAGCCCAGGGACAAUGGGCAUAGCCCCAUGUCAGAAGUGGAGCUAUUUCGGCAGGAUCCACAGAAUUCUCUCUUCUCAGGUCUCACGGGCUCUGUUCAAGUUUUCCUUCAAGCUGGGGUAUGGCUGUCAAUGUGUACUCCACUUCUGUGACCAGUGAGAAUCUGAGUCGCCAUGAUAUGCUUGCAUGGGUCAAUGACUCUCUGCACCUCAAUUAUACCAAGAUUGAACAGCUCUGUUCAGGGGCAGCCUACUGCCAGUUCAUGGACAUGCUCUUCCCUGGCUGUGUUCACUUGAGGAAGGUCAAGUUCCAGGCCAAACUAGAACACGAGUACAUCCACAACUUCAAGGUGCUGCAAGCAGCUUUCAAGAAGAUGGGUGUUGACAAAAUCAUUCCCGUAGAGAAGUUAGUGAAAGGAAAAUUCCAAGAUAAUUUUGAGUUUAUACAGUGGUUUAAGAAAUUCUUUGACGCAAACUAUGAUGGAAAGGAUUACAACCCUCUGCUGGCGCGGCAGGGCCAGGACGUAGCACCACCUCCUAACCCAGUUCCGCAGAGGACGUCCCCCACAGGCCCCAAGAACAUGCAGACCUCUGGACGACUCAGCAACGUGGCUCCGCCCUGCAUCCUCCGGAAGAAUCCCCCCUCAGCCCGAAACGGUGGCCAUGAGGCUGACGCCCAGAUCCUCGAGCUUAACCAGCAGCUGCUGGACUUGAAGCUGACCGUAGACGGGCUUGAGAAAGAACGAGAUUUCUAUUUCAGCAAAUUGCGAGACAUCGAGCUGAUCUGCCAGGAACAUGAGAGCGAGAACAGCCCCGUCAUCUCGGGCAUCAUUGGCAUUCUCUAUGCCACGGAGGAGGGAUUUGCACCCCCUGAGGAUGAUGAGAUUGAAGAACACCAACAGGAAGACCAGGACGAGUACUGAGGGAGGCGCCAGCCCUGGCUGACCACAGCUUCCCUGCCCACCUCCACUCUGCCCACCCCAACUAUGCCCACCCCACAUUAUAGUCCUUUCCUUUCAGCCAGUCAGCCAGCUGGGUGCUUUGUGUCAGUGCCACAGCAUUAGGGAGCCGGACGAGUGGGGUUCAGGGUGGUGGGGGAGGCUUGGGCAGGUGAGAGGACGAGGCCCUGUCUGGGUCCCCCGAGUGGCACUGGCCCAGGGGACGUCCAGGACCCCUGUCCACUCCCCACUCCUAUUUAUUUCCGUUGUCUCUAUGCUGUGUUGGCCAACACUUUCCAGGGUGCCGCUGUACCCCACAAGCCAGCCACCUGCUCCCUGGCAGCCAGCAGCUGUAUAUUUGACAAAGUCAUUGGUAUAUUUUUACUUACUGGAUUGCCCUUGCACUUUACCUGUUCUUUUCCAGGGCUGACAGCAGGGCUUGGGGUAGUCUUUCUGGCUUGGCUCCCCUUCCCUAGAGCCGAGACUGGGACAGGACUCACCCAUUCUUAUUUAUUUUGUCUUUUGACUUCUCUCUCAGUAGAUGAGGGAAAGGCUGAUAUGAGGAAAGGGAAGGGAAGCUGAGGAGGCAGUGCUCUGGGUCCAGGGAGCAUGCGAGAGUAGACAUGACCUCCAGGCACUGGGCUCCCCCACCAAGCCCCUGCCUCAGCACCAACACCCAGCACUGCCCCAGGCUUCCUAGCCACUCCCUCCUGCAGCCUAGUUAGACCACACAGACUCUGCCUGGCCCCCAUUGUCUGUCUGUCCCCCAUUCUCUCACCCCCACCUUUGCCCCUUGGGCACCAGCCUGCAUAUCUGUUCAGUUUUAUUUAAAUAAAUUUGUGUGGCAAGCCAUGAUUUCCUCAAUUGACCCACAGCAAGGGGUCAGAACAUA